AAGUCUAGGUAACCAUGCAACACCACUCAUAGAAGACAGUGAUAAUCAGGAGCUUAGAAACAACUCCAAUAUCAAUGACAAUGAAAGAAUCUAUAGUCAGCCACAACAAAUUCAGAAAUGUGAUGAUGGGAAAAAACCGCAACAUAGUGGAGGUCCCACUUAUAGUAAUCCAUUACCAGUGUAUUGUAGUACUCCUAGUUCUACAACUGGACCUAUGGUGCCCAUUGCCAAUUGUGUCAAUCCUCAACUCAUACAACAACCCACAAGACCUCCUUUUACAACUCCAUCAAAGUUCACUGCCAUUAAUAGUUCCAGGUUCCAUUUUCAAAAAACUUGCGCACAUAAAUGUUCCUGGAAGUUAGCUACUAUAAUCCUUAUUUUUCUUACAACUCUCCUCGUCGCUUUUGUUACAUACUUUGCAGCAACAAACUCAAUGAGUUCUGCUGAAUCAAGUAAACCAUGCAUUGUGGUUGAAGAAAGAGAAAGUUAUCCAACAGCUUCUACUCCUAGCAAAAUUUCAAUUUCAUCUGGUCAAUCCUCCAAUCAACGUGUAUGUUUUCUGAGCCCAACUGAAGUGUCCUUCUAUAAAAAGAUUGAACUUGGAAAGAUUUUAAAGAAACAUUUGAGUUCUCACGAAUCUUGGAACUUACUUUUCUUACAUUCAGAUGCAUCAUUUGUUCGAUUUAAUUUUUCUCUACCACACAGUGCCAAAAUGGCUCUUUUGGCGAGAAGGAAUGAGCCUCCAUCCAUUACAGCAUAUGACAUCAUGGAAGUUAUUGCAGAUCGACUUUAUAAAAGGACAACAUCAGUGCAAGUUGAAGAAAUUAAUUUUCUUCACUAUUUGGAAGCUGGAACAUGGUAUCUCACUCUAAUCAACGAUGAUAAUAAGCCAAUAUUCGUUGUUUUUACUCCAAAUAUUACACAUGAAAUUCCAUUAACUUGUCCAAAUGCCUGCCAUGAGCACGGAAAUUGUCAUCUUGGUAAAUGUCAUUGUUUUCCUGGAUACAUAGGACCUGAUUGCGCUGACAGUGUAUGUCCUGUCUUAUGCAAUGGACAUGGAAGGUAUAUCCAUGGAGUGUGUAGAUGUGAACCAGGAUGGAAAGGUUCUGAAUGUAACAUUCAAGCAACGGAUUGUGAACUUGCUGAUUGCAAUGGACGAGGGAAAUGCGUAGAUGGUGUUUGUGUAUGCAAUAUUGGUUACAAAGGAUCAUUCUGUGAACAAGUGGACUGCCUUGACUCUACUUGCUCUGGUCAUGGAGUGUGUGUAGGAGGAGAAUGUUGGUGUAAAAUAGGCUGGAGAGGAAUAAAUUGCAGUGAAGCAGAUGGUAGAUUAAGCAGAUGUUUUCCAGAUUGUUCUUCUCAUGGUGUUUUUGACUUAGAUUCAGAAAAGUGUAUAUGUUUUGAUCAUUGGACAGGAGCUGAUUGCUCCAAAGCUAAAUGUAGUUUAGAUUGUGGAGUUCAUGGUCGUUGUGAAGAAGGACGUUGUCACUGUGACCAAGGUUGGACAGGUCACAAAUGUGAUCUGCGUACAUGCGAUCCGCGUUGCUUAGAGCAUGGUCAAUGUAACAACGGAACUUGUGUUUGUAUUCAAGGAUGGAUGGGAAGACAUUGUAGUUUAGAUGGAUGUCCAAAGGGUUGCAGUAAUCAUGGUCAAUGCUCAAAAGAUGUUAAUAUUUGGACUUGUAGAUGUCACGAAGGUUGGGGUGGACAAGAUUGUAGUGUGCCUCAAGAAAAAAACUGUAAUGAUGAAAUUGAUAAUGAUUUAGAUGGCCUAGUUGAUUGCGCAGACAGUGAAUGCUGCUCCAAAGGUCAAUGUCAGGAUAGUUUAAUGUGCAUGUCUUCACCAGAUCCAUUGGAUAUUUUGUUAAGAAAACAACCUCCUGCUGUUACCGCAUCUUUCUAUCAGAAAAUGAAAUUUCUCAUUGAAGAACAAAGUGUCCAGAGUUAUGCACACAAAGAUGAAUAUUCAGAAAGCCAGUUCUGGAGUGCCUUCGUCAAGAGCCGAGUUUCAGUUAUUAGAGGACGAGUUGUGAGUCGUGAAGGAAAUGGACUUAUUGGAAUCAGAGUGAGUGUGGCAACUGAUCCUCAGUUUGGAUUCACUCUAACUAGAAGUGACGGAUGGUUUGACAUUCUGGUGAAUGGUGGUGGUGCAGUAACUCUUCAGUUUCAACGUAAUCCCUUCCACCCAAUUAAACGAACUGUUAUGGUGCCUUGGAAUACGGUCAUGGUUAUGGGACCUGUAGUAAUGUCAGCUACUAUAGAAACUGAAGUUCAAGAAGAUUUGUUGCAACAACAAAAUCCAUGUUUAGAUCAUGACUAUGACAUAAUGAAACCAAUUGUCUACCAAACAUGGAAAUCGGGAUCACAAGGAGCUUGUACUGAAAAUAGUGCAAUAAUGGCUGAAACACAGGUACUCCAAGAGAGUUUCUCGAUUCCAGGAUCAGAAUUGCAUCUUGUCUAUCACAGCAGCCAUGCUCAAGGAUAUCUUUCAACUAUUCACCUUCAACUCACUCCUUCAACAAUUCCAGAAAAUCUCCGUCUUGUUUAUUUAAAAAUUGUAGUUGAAGGUUAUUUAAUGGAAAAAACAUUUGAAGCCGACCCAGAUAUUAAAUUUACCUUUGCAUGGAAUAAGAGAAAUGUCUAUAAGCAGAAAGUAUAUGGCUUAACGUCUGCAAGAGUGUCCGUGGGUUAUAAAUAUAGCAGCUGUGAGCGAAUUGUCUGGACUGUUCAAGCCACCACUUUACGUGGAUAUGAUAUGGACAUUUCUGAAUUAGGAUCCUGGAAUUUAGAUGUUCAUCAUCGAUAUAAUUUUCAUGAAGGUGUUCUACAGAAAGGUGAUGGUGCAACGAUUUAUUUUCGUCAGCAGCCGAGAGUUUUAUCUAUUCUUAUGGGUAAUGGUCAGCCACGCCCUCUUCUUUGCCCAGAUUGUAAUGGUCUUGCCAGAGAUAAUAAACUUUUAUCACCAGUUGCUUUAGCAAGUGGCCCUGAUGGCAGCGUUUAUGUUGGUGAUUUCAAUCUUGUGAGAAGAAUUACGCCAAAUGGUCAAGUUUACACAGUUUUUAGAAUGAAAACAUCUGAUGUUUCCAGUCAAUAUCAUCUUACUUUAAGUCCAACCGAUGGUCAUCUUUAUAUCUCCUCUCCAGAACAUCAUAAAAUUUUACGAGUUCAUUCAUUAGAUAAAGUAGAAGAUCCUGACUCCAAUUUUGAUGUUGUAGUAGGCAGCGGAGUAAGAUGUUUACCUCGAGACAAAAACAAUUGUGGAGAUGGAAAACCUGCUUUAGAAGCAUUUUUGUCUUAUCCUAAAGGUAUGGCAGUAGCUGUGGAUAAUACGUUAUAUUUUGCUGAUGGAGCUAAUAUUCGAAUCGUUAAUAAUCAAGGAAUCAUACACACUCUUAUUGGAGACCAUCAUCAUAAAAAACAAUGGAAACCUAUACCAUGUUCAGGAACUCUGAAAAUCGAAGAGGUAAAACUUCGAUGGCCAACAGAAUUAGCAAUCAAUCCCUUAGAUGGUGCACUAUAUUUUAUAGAUGAUCAUAUGGUACUUAAGUUAACUCACGAUAAACGCAUUAUGGCCGUAGCUGGUCAACCUGCGUAUUGCAAAACUAAUAACUUGCACAAAUCACGGAUGACGGGUGAAUCUGCUUUAGGAUCUUUAGUAAGUUUCACUUUUGGCCCAGCUGGAGAGUUGUAUAUUGCAGAGGUCAACGCCAAUAAUGUCAACAGGGUACGGAAAUUAAGUUCAGAUGGAGAGUUAUUACAUUUUGCUGGCAAAGAAGAGAAUUGCUUAUGUGAAUGGCAAAAUUGUAGUUGUGCUGUUGAAGAUGAAGGAUUCCUAGCUAUGGACACUAAAUUAUUUACUAUUUCAUCUUUAACUGUAACAAGUGAUGGUGUCGUUCACAUAGCAGAUCAAGGCAGUUUAAGAAUCUUAUCUGCAGUUCCUUAUUUACCACAGCCAGAUGAACAGUUUGAAUUUCAAAUUGCAUCUCCUGAGCAUCAUGAAAUUUAUGUCUUUAACAAAUAUGGUCAACAUUCGGUAACACGCAGUAUUUUAACGGGAAAAACUGUCUAUACCUUUCUUUAUAACGUCAAUACUAGUUUUGGAAAAUUAAACGCUGUAACUGAUGCUUCAGGGAAUAAAGUAUCCUUCUUACGAGAUUCAGGAAACAGCUUGCAUACAAUCGAAACUGCGAGAGGAACUAAAUGCCGUGUCCAAGUCACAAAACAAGGCUUAUUAGAAAAAAUUGUUGAUCCCGAUAGUUUAGAAAUCAAAUUUAUGUAUGAUACUAUAGGACUUCUUACAAGUCGUUCAGAUGCUGCUGGUCGUUCUUUUUUCUAUGUUUAUGAUGAAAAUGGGAGAUUAACUGAUGUUAUUAAACCGAGUGGACAAGUAACCAAAUUAUCUUUUGAUCUAAGUCCAGAUGGAGCGUCAGUCUUCUCACAUUAUGAAGAAAAUACAAGUCAAUUAAUUGUUAAAGUAAAGGGUACAACUGUCAUUACCACUCAAUAUGGUGUUCCUAUCCAAGCAACUCUACAUCAAGAUGGUGCUAUUGAAAUAGAAACUCCUUGGCAUGUUGGUCUAGUUUGGGAACCGGCUUCACACCAUGUCCUUCAAGAAAUGUUACCAGUACAAGCUGGUAUGUUUCCUCUUCCAGUUCGACAAACUACGUAUGUUGGACUCGAACCUGCUAACGUUCUCGAAUGGAGAUAUGAUGUCAAAUACAAUAAAAGAGCAAGAGUUGAAAGAAGCAUAUCAGCUGUUGAGAGAGUGCUAAUGGCAAAUGAAAUUCAGUACUUAACGAUGGAAUAUGAUUGGGUAGCUGCGAGAGAAAUCCUUUAUAAUAGUUCUAGAAGACCUUUCCUAGUCAUCCAAUACGACAGCUUUACUCGUCCUAUUCAGUGGCUUCCGACAGAAAGUCGUCUUCCUCUCAAUGUCAUGUAUGAUCGCCUCGGCCGACUGUCAGGCUGGCAGCAGGGAGCUCUAUCGGAGAGUUUUGGUUAUGAUAGAAUGAGUCAUUUGGCUGAAAUUAAAUAUCCAGAUAGCACGACUAUGAGGUUUAGUUACAGUGGAAAAACUAUGCCCAGUAAAGUAGUGCUUGCUAGUGGUCGAAUCUUCACAUCUCAUUAUGAUCAAAAUGGAGGUCUACAAUAUGUUACAACUCCAAAGAAAACUCGACAUACUUUUUUAACUCUGAUAUCCAUAGGAUUUUAUAAAUUCUUCUAUAUCCCUCCAGGAAAUAGUGGUCCAUAUGUUGUACAUUUUAAUGAUUUAAAACAAGCUAUAAUGAAAAUAUUUCCCGGUGAUCAAGGCAGAGUUCUUUACAGAUAUAAUAAUCAAACAUUAUUGAGUGCUAUAGUUUAUGGAGGGGGAAAAGUUGAAAAAAAUUAUAGUGAAGCUGGUUUUGUAUCAUCAGAGUCCUCAAGUACUUUAGAUUUAGAUAUUCGAACUGAUUAUACUUACGAGGGUGCCAUGCUAACUAGUUGUAAAAUACAUUAUAUUAGCAAAUUUCACAUGACAAACGCUAUUGUACAUUAUCAGUACGAUAAUUUUUUUCGAAUCAAAAGUAUUAUGUUUCGCAUUGGUAGUCUUCAAUUAGCUACAGUAGAAUAUGUUUACAAUCAAAAAACUGGAAGAAGAGAACAACUAGGCGUUUUUAGACUCUUUGAAAAAAGUUCGAAUGAAACCGUUUUAUCUGAUGGAACAGCAUCUUACAGUCGACAAUUUGAUGCUUUGCAUAGAUUACGACAAGUAUCUUUAAUUAUUGUUGAUAAAGAAGUAUUUCGAAUGAAUAUUCACUAUGACAAUCGCAAUUUUGUGACACAGUCACGAAUGUACAUGACUCAUUUGGGUAAAUCAAAAAUUCGUCUUCAGAACUUUUCGUAUGACGCUGAUGGGCAAUUAGUUGAAAUGGUUGGAAGAGACCACUGGAAAUUUACAUAUGAUCAAAAUAGUAAUUUAAUAACUAUGCAGUAUAUGGGGAAUAGAAUCGAUAUAUUGCACGAUGUUGGAGAUCGUAUCGUUAGUUUCGGUGAUACUCCAUAUGUUGUGGAUGGCCGUGGUUUUGUGAUCCAAAGAGGAGAAGAAAGUUUUACUUACAAUACCAAAGGACAACUUACAAAAGCUUCUAGAAAUGGACGAUAUGACGUUGAAUAUUUUUAUAAUACUCGUGGUAUGAUUUCCGUAAGAAAAGAUAAUUACGGAAAUGUAACUCAAUUCUUUUACGCUGAUUUAUCCAACCCAGAUCUAGUCACUCAUAUCUAUAACAAUAAUGAUGGUAAAACAACUUCCUUACUUUAUGAUGAUCGAGGUUUCUUAGCAUUUUUAGUUGUAAACAGAGAGAGCUACUACGUUGCAACAGAUCAUAAUGGUAGUCCAUUAUUAAUUUUUGACAAAAAAGGAGAAGGUGUGAAAGAAGUACACAGAGGACCUUAUGGACAUGUUUUAUUUGAUUCAAAUCCUCACUUUUAUUUACCAAUUGAUUUUCAAGGAGGUAUACUUGAUCCUUCAACAGGAAUGUUGCAUUUUGGAGAAAUGAUCUAUGACUCCUUAGCAGGCCAAUGGUUAACGCCUAGAUGGGAUCAGAUACUUCAUCACGUUACGACUCCUCAACAUUUGCAUCUGUAUAGGUUCCACAAGAAUGAUCCAAUCAACAUUGACAAAAGAAUUAAAAAUAAAUUAGAUUUACAUUCUUGGAUCAAAAGUCAAGGCAUAGACAUCGAGAGCUUAGAUUUAGCGGCUCAUUCACUUUUUAAUCGACUACUUGAUAGAGAAUCAACUCCACUUUUCUUAGACAUGCCAUCCGUUCCAUUAGUAUCUGGAUUUGCUUGCGCUAUACAGCAAAAACUAGAAAGUUUUGCCGCUCUAACAAGUGUUGCAAGGCCGAAAGUAAAACGGGAACAGCUUUUUGAAACGGUUUUACCGAAAAUUAGCACUAUGAGUGUUCCGUUUGGAGCUGGUAUUACAGUUUCUCGAAUCGGUGACCGAGCUUUAGUGAGAACAUCGAAUGAAGCUGACAACAUUUCAAAAGAUGUUUUUACAUCCGUUUUUAAUAACUCUUUCUUAUUGGAUCUUCAUCUUGUUAUGCAUGGUCAAGACGUAUUUUAUUUCGUGAAAGACAGAACAUGGCGAGUUGCGGAUGAUUUGAACCAAUUACAAAGACUUGGUACAGCAAUUAAUACAACAGUUCAUGAGCCCAAACCUGAAGAUAUUAAAACUGAUAAUCAUGUAGAUGUCCGAGUACAUUCCGAGCACGCUAUACUUAAUAUUCGAUAUGGAACUACUCCCCACAAAGAGAGACAAAGAUUAUUAAGACACGCUAAAAAACACGCAGUUGGCCAGAGGUGGGCUCAAGAACGCCAAAUUAUUUUAACUAGUCAAAGAGGUUCUCAAAAGUGGUCUGAAAAAGAAAAAGAACAUAUUCUGACAACUAGUUCAGUACCAGGUUAUAGAGGUGAUUAUUAUCAUGAUGUAGAACUCUAUCCAGAGUUGGCAGACGAUCCAGCGAAUAUAGUAUUUCAUAAAUCGAAUCAAAAACAGAGGUGACCGCAUUUCGAAUGACCUUCCAUCGGGUGUUGUUCAAAUUUUUACCCCUCAUCAGUCUCUUGUUAACUAAUGUCCAAAAGUAUUGAUGUGUUAUUUGGAUAACUCGUUCAUGAGAAUAAUUAUUUUCUACAACCAGCUUGAAAUCAACAAAACAGAAGAUGAGAAAUUCUUAUGGACAAUCAAUACAGUAAUACUAUAUAAUAGGCGCAAGAAUUUUUUCUAUCAAGCUGAGUAAAAUAGUUAUGCCUGAAAUAAAGUAUGUUUUACACUAAGAGUAUUAGGAAAGAAACAGCAAAAGAGCUUGUGAUGCAAAGGCUAAACAUUUUGUAUUUGAGACUGAGCUUGUAAAAACAAAGGUUGAAGAGGAAAAUGUGUAUUUCAUUACCUCUUUUAUUUCCUUCUUCAUUAAAAUGCUUUGAAUUAAAAAUUUAACUAAGCAAUGAAUUUGAAGAAAUGCUAAGACCAAGAAGCUUUCUAAUUUUCAUAUUGUUUCCAAAUUUCUAAAAGCAAUCCAAACGAAAUUUCAGUUAUGUUUCUAACGUUCAGACGUGUUCACCUUUUUCAGUACAAAUUUAAUCACUCGAGGUUUUUAAAAGAAAAAUUUUAAAAACAAAUUUACUCAUUUUACAUCAGCCUGUCUUCUAAUAAAAAAUAGCAAUAAAACUCAUAUUUUUAUUCAUUACAUCCGUAAAAUCAUCCACGAUAUAAAAAUAAUAAUAAUGAAUCCCCAUGAAAUCUUCUUUAAUGAUUUUAAGAACAAAAUUGCGCAUUUUACAUUAGCCUGUCUUCUAAUAAAAAAAUAGCAAUAAAACUUAUUUUUUUGGUCAUUACAUCCGUAAAAUCAUCCACGAUAUAAAAAUAAUAAUAAUGAAUCCCCAUGAAAUCCUCUUGAAUGAGUUUAAAAACAAAAUUACUCAUUUUACCUUAGCCUGUCUUCUAAUAAAAAAUAGCAAUAAAACUUAUA